UCGCCCAAAGACGUUCAACCACCCAUAAGCCAAGCACUGACAGUGCACCGAAAGCCCAUUAUUGGUGUUAUCUCUGAACCGCCCUCACUUAAAACAUCUGAAGACUUUGUGAACAUGCCAUCGCUUCAAGCUUUACAUAUUUUAAGGCUUCAAUUAAAGUUGGGCAGUAUUCUUGGUAACCUGAUUCCCGCGGCUUUAUUACCCACUGCUUUGCAACGUGUGAUACCUCAUGAUAUACGAAUUGAUUUUGUGCCUGGUGCUUCGAUUCGAGAUCGCAUGAUUAUAUUUCAAGACUAUUAUAAUGUUGAUGAUUGUUUCCAAUUCUUGACCCAAAAAUCCGUAUUUAUGGGAGGUGACGUACGUGAUACUCGUAAUUGGGUGGUGGAUCCCAAGUACUCACUUCAGUUUUGGUUCAUAUCACAUUUGUUGGUUGAUCAG